AUGGCGCUUCAGGGCGGAGAAUCAGGGAUAAUGGCAGCCAAACCGCAGCCAAUCCCCGGGACGCACGGCCAGCUUGACUCCCCCAAGCUGCAGCUCCACCUGGGCGCGCUAGCUCGGUUGUGGUACGUACCGACAGUGCUUGACGGCGCCGCUAGCGUGUCGCUAUGGGCAGAGUCCUCUAUUUGCUCAGCGCCUCUGAGGGCUGCGCUGCACUGCAAUGCGCUCUGCUUCGGGUUCGCUACCGAUGACACUCGAAUGCACCGUCUCAAGCCUCUGAAGCCCUCGACAGACCAAUCGGCCCCGGCGAUCCCCCCACCACCCAUCCAUCUCAUCGUCGGUCGCUGGAUGAGCACAGCCAAUGCCUGCUGCGACACGAGGUCGUGCGGUGGACGGCGCACUGCGAAGGUGCUUCCUGCGAGGUUGUCUGCAUCGUGA